AUGAACAGCAUACUUUUCGAGGCAUGGGCUGCUUGUAAUGGUGAGUGGACCAAGAGCAAGUUUUAUCAAAACAUACUGCAUCGACACAAGUCUACCAAAAGGGGAUGCCGAAAGUGGCUUACUACACAGCAACUGGAUAACUUGUUUGGGGUGGAAAUAGCAGAGAAGAUGCGACAGCGCAAGCUGUUGGAUGCUGACCUUCGUCGACAAGAAGUUCGCGAACACCCAGAUUUGCCGGGAGUGGAGGAGGCCUUUCAGUACCUGACCCUCGUCGAGGAUGGGGUCGAAGAGGAAGAGCAGGAAGAGUUUACCCAGCUGUACCGCUGCUUGGACGAGAGUUCAUCAUCAGAGAGUGAUGGUGAGCGCACUGUUGUUGCAAAGAAGGGGUCAAAGAAGACAAAGAAGGAAAAGAAGUCGAAGCCGCGACCGAAAGAAAAAAAGACCAAGAAUAAGAAGGCAUUUCAAACCGCUCUAUUUUUGGUGUCUGUUGUUGAACCUGUGGACUGCGGCUUUGGAUCCUUAAAUUUGUUCGAUCGACAGGACAAGAAGACAGAUGGUGGAGAUCCCAACAAGGAGAAACAGGUAGAUGAGAAAAAGCAACUGCUGAAAGAUGCCAAGAAGGCUUUACGAUAG